GAUAAGAGACUGCAACGACCUACUUCCAACGAUGUACAAACUACACGGUGCGUGGUUCAGGCUCACGCCAAAACCGAUAGAGGUACUUGCGCCACCCAUCAUACAACCACUCACUCAUCCCACCUGGCAUUACGCCAGCCCGUCCUCCUUGGCGACCAGUGGAAUCUACAGUGACGAGGACCUAGAUAGGCUCAGAGCGCAUAUAAUGUUCCCUGUGGAGAAGCCGUCUAUGUUAAACACCAUCGCUCGGGGAGCACUAGGCGAGACGAUCCCAUCUGGGAGCGUAUCAAUGUACAACCUAUUGGACGAAGACUCACUAAAUCGAAUUGCAGAAUCUGCCGGAGAAAGAGUCUGGCACGGAUUCGUUACGUUUGGGUCUGCGAGCGCAGGAAUACUCGCCAUCUUCAUCAUUGCACGCAUAGUCAAACUCAUAAUAGACACUAUAAUUCACGACUACGCGUUGCAUUCAAUCUAUGGUUGGAGCAUGCACCUCCUCGGCGCUAUAUGGAGCUCGGUAACUCACCUGCUGAUACAUUUGGGCGGAAGGAAGAAUCAAGCAUCAGCAACCACGCCUGAGGCUCGUCCAACACCUGAAGAUGCCCCGUCCCUGACCCUUUCAAUGUCCGAAGCUCGACUUCCGAAACCCCAAGGUGAGUGUGCAAAAAGUGAAAGACUAAAGCCAACCUAUACCUACGCCGAGUUACGAAAAUACGUGGAAAACAAUUGCCACGGAACGAAUGAGUCAGUGUAAAAAUGUCAGCAUACGCUAACAUUUAAAUAUAAGGG